AUGGAAUACUUUCAAGCAAAAACAGUUACAACUCAAUUCAAACGUCCCUUGUCGGAUUUGAAUAAGCUCUAUAAGCAUAUCAUUUUGAAGAAUGGCUUAUCAACCUUGCUUGUAUCGGAUCCGCUGCUCAAGGUUGCAGCCUGUUCAAUGUGUGUCAAAAGUGGAAGUCAUUGUGAUCCUGAUGAAGUACCAGGAUUAGCCCAUUUUUGUGAGCAUAUGGUUUUCAUGGGUACUGCCGAGUAUCCAGCCCCCAAUGAAUUGCUCAAGUGUAUCAACGCUCUCGGUGGGAAUGGUAAUGCAUUUACAACUGGUGAUAGAACAUGUUUCUUUUAUGAGAUACCUAUAAAUAAAGCUGAAAUUAAUAAUGAGUUGGGAUUCAACUAUAGUUUAAAAGUUUUCAGCACGUUUUUCAAUCUGCCAUUGUUUAAUGAAGCAUAUAUGGAUAUGGAAAUCAAUUCAGUUAACCACGAGCAUGAAUUAAAUCUAGUCAACAACAGCAAGAUAUUGUAUCAUGGAUUCAGAUUGUUGGCUGAUAAGGAUCAUCCAUUUCAUAGGUUUGCAACAGGAACCAAAGAAACUCUAAAGUCAUCAAAAUAUGUUAAAAUAAAAACAGAAAUUGUGAAAUACUUCCAGAUGAAUUAUUACGCUGAAAAUAUGACUUUAGUUUUGAAAGGCCCUCAAUCACUAAAUCAACUACAGAAGUUAGCAAUUGCAAAUUUUCUGAAUAUUCGACAAUAUGAUCAGCUUGAAAGCAAGCUUAUGAUCUCCUCUAUAUUACCUGACAGAAACCAGGAAAUAUUCAAAAAUACAAACAAGGUGUUAUUCAUUCAACAGAAUCAAACGUCUAAGGUAAGGCUAAUAAUCCCCAUAUUUGGAGUCAGCAACAAAUUUUUUGAAAGCGUGUGGUGUAAUUUGUUAGGGGAUGAAUCCAAAGGUUCGGUCUGUCAUUAUUUAAAGGAGAUAAAACAAUAUACGCUAAACAUGUUUGUAUUUACUCAAGAGCUCUCUUACACAAAUAGAGUACUCGUCAUCGAUGCCAAAUUAACAAGGAAAGGAGAAUCAAAUUUAGGCUUGAUUAUUGAGACUAUUUUUGAAUUCAUCAAUCAACUAAUGGCCCAUGAUGUAGAAACUUUGACCACAGUAUUGAGAGAAUAUUCAAGAAUAUUCAAAUUCAAUGCAUAUUUCCGCCAGAAUGAUUCAACUCCUAUGGACGAAGCGUCGGAACUUUCCAUUGAUUUACAUGACAGACAGAAAAGAAUUGAAGACAUUGUCUUAGGGGAUGCGUAUCAUUUUGCUGGUGAUGCCAGAAAUUUCAAGCACGCCACUCGAUAUGUCUUUGACAUAAAGAAAUUGAAUGUUAUUGUAGUUGGAACCGAACCGAAGCUGGUCCAAACUAUAACAUUCCCGACAAUGAGCAAUCUCAAAAAGGACCCUUACUAUCAGUUUUCCUACCAAAUCUUUGAUCUUAAAUUUCAAUUGAGAAAUAUUUUCCCAUCAUUUAGUCUUUUAGAAAGAAACGAAUAUCUUCAUUUCACUCACGAGGAGCUAGAUAAAUAUUUAGAGGAAUCAAUUCAUAACAAGUCGUCAUUUAUAAAUGCAUAUAUUCCUCAAGAUCUGAUACCAAAAUUACUUGAUUACUCUAACUAUCAUGAAAUUUGGAUUGCUCAAACCCCCAAAUGGCCUAUUCGGAUUAUAACGUCCUUUCAGAUUUGUUUUGCUUCAGUUGAAUGCAAUCCAAUUAAUGCCAUUGGAAUGGAAAUUCUCACAGAGCUAAUGGCAAAUGAACUAACACCUGAAUUUUAUCAUUCCGAAUUGGCCAUGGACUCCUGGGCUCUAUGUCCAAAUUAUGGGAUGGUUCCUUCCCUAUCAGUGUAUGUUUGCGGACCAAAGCAUGGGUUUCGAUACUUUAUCGAAAUGUUUCUCCAGAAGAUAAAGAUAUUCUUGGAGGAGAAGAUACAUACCAUUGGUUAUAAAAAAUUCACAGGCGCCAGGUUAAAGUUGUUGGACACUUAUAACACCAUGGAGCGCAAGGACUCAAUUAAACAAGCGAUAGCUAUAUCAAUAUUAAUGUUAGAGGAAGGGAUUGUUUCGCUUCAGGAUAGAAUCGAAGCACUUGAGUUGAUUGACGCUGAUGAUAUCGCCGAUCUUGCUAACAAAAUCUCCGAAGAUACCAAAAAAGUAAAGAUAUUAAUUUCUGGAAACAUAGAUGAAGAAUUUGCCCUAGACAUUAGUCGUUCAGUUAAUCGUAUCACUUCCCAUUUAAAAAUAUACAUGCAAAAAAUUGAGUUUCAAGAUUCAAAUAGCAUUAUUUUAAGACCAGGACGAAACUAUACAAUCACCCAAGAGAAUCCAAAUGAAAAGGAUACUUCCGAUGUUGUUUACCAUUACAUUCAAUUAGGUCUUAGAAAGGACGAAAAAUCCAGGACAAUUGCCAGUUUCCUUUCAUUUCUUUUAAGCCAGGCUGCAUCUUUCAUUCUUAGAACCAAGAAACAACUAGGGUACAUAGUCUUAAGCGGAAUGAGAUAUAAUAAACAAACAUUGGGGGUUUAUAUCUGUGUGUCAAGUGGAAGCUUUGAUUAUUGCGAAGUGAUGAAGGAAAUUGAAAAUUUGUUGUUUGAAUGGGAGUUGCAGCUAAUUAAUAUGAGCCAGGAAGAAAUCAACAAACAGAUCGAUUCCUUCAUUCAGGCACUUGACGAGAAAGAACCUGACCGAAUUCCAGCGAAUGUUCUUUAUGCCAUGCCUCCAGCUAGGAAUAGUGAUAAUUUUUCUCAGGGUGACGAAGAUUAUACCCAUCAUCAAGAUUUUUGGGAAAAGAUUUUGACCAAAAACCAUAGAUUUACAGGACAAAAGGGAAAUGAAAGCAUAGACAGGAAUAUGCUCAGAUCAACUACCACGGAAGAGAUAGUAUCAUUCUUCAGAAAGUAUAUUUCAAUCAAAUCGACUGAAAAAAGUUCGCUAACAAUAUUUAUAUCCUCGCAACUGGGAAGAGAACAUCGGAAAGUAGAAGAAGCCAAAGAAACAAUACAAGAAUUGCUUGAUGAGAAGGGAUAUACCCUUACAGAUAUUCAAAUCACGAUGCUCCUAAAAGAAUACGAGAAUAAUGUUAACAUGGCUGUUAAACAUUUACAGAAAUGCGGAUACAAAAUUUCUGUCAAGCAUGUGGGGAGGGUUUCAAAGCUAAUAACAAAACUUGCAAGAGGAUCCCAAAUGGACAACACAAGAGAAAUCCAGAAGCUUCAAGAAAAAAGUGUCAAAAAAUAUGGGAGAAUUUACCAAGACAGCAGCCUUGCUGUGCCGUAUUUGGAAGUUAGAUCGAAAGAAGAGGUUCAAAAUGAAGCUAUUUUAAUGCAUUAA